CAGCGGAAGUAGAGAAAUCACUGGGACGUAAAGAAACAAACACGUAAACACCAGCUGUGCGUAAACUGUAGUUUGUUUCUGCGCUUCGAGCUUCGUUGUUUCCGUCAUAUUUACGCAGUAAAGUAACGGAUUCCAGUUAAACACGCACGUAUUUCCCAGCGGACUGCGUCGUGUCAGUGUCGGUUCUUCUUAUUGUGCUUUUAAAAUACAGAGUUUAACAUUCACCUGCAGCGGAAACUGAAGACCAUGGCAGUCAAGCUACAGCGCCCCCAAGUGGCGGCGGUCUGUCUCCUCGCAAUGCACUACCUGGCCGGGGUACUCUCCAUCCCGGACCCCAGACAGAGGGAGGCCCUCAUCCAGCAGGAGGCCUCCAUGCAGACGGGUGGGCAGGUGGUGCUGAGCGAUGCUGAGCAGCGUGUGGACGCUCUGCUGCUUAACAUGAAGCAGAGGGAGGUUCUAAGAGCAGACUUCCCCCCCGCCAUGCACUUCUUCAAGGCCAGAGACCUCAUCAGGUCCAGUCCCAUCUUCAGCCUGCUGCAGAAGAUGCCUAAAGGGGGCGCUCUACACGUCCAUGACUUCUCCAUGGCUGAUCCAGUGUGGCUGGUGAAGAACGCAACCUAUCGGCCCCACUGCUACAUGUGCUUCACCGACAACCACUCCGUCAGGUUCAUCUUCUCAUCUCAGUUGCCCAAACCUCUGCCGCGCUGCUCCCCCUGGAACCUGCUGGAAAACCUCAGGGCCAAGACCAGCAACACCACAGACCUGGACGACAGCAUCCUGCAUAACCUGACGCUCUUCACGGAUCAGGAUCCAGAAAGUGUUUACCCCAGUCAGGAUGUGGUAUGGAACGUGUUUGAACAGUGCUUCUAUGCCCUGUGGGGUCUGGUCACGUAUGCUCCCGUCUUUAGAGACUAUUACUACCAAGGCCUGACUGAGUUCUACCUGGACAACGUCAUGUAUUUAGAACUACGGGCUUUACUCCCACAGAUAUAUGAACUGGACGGCAGCACUCACGACUCGGCCUGGACUCUGAAGACCUACCAGGACGUCACCAGACGGUUCACAGACGACCACCCAGACUUCUAUGGAGCGAGAAUCAUCUACACAAUCAGCAGGAGCGUGGAUGUAUCCACGAUGACUGGAGCUGUGGAGAUGGCCAUGAAGCUACAGAAAGACUUCCCAGACAUCAUGGCUGGUUUUGACCUGGUGGGCCGCGAGGACACAGGCCGACCGCUGUGGUUCUACAGAGAGGCCUUAUCACUGCCCGCAGAGAGGGGGGUCACGCUCCCUUUCUUUUUCCACGCUGGAGAGACGGACCUCGAGGGCACGGAGGUCGACCGGAACCUGCUGGAUGCUCUUUUGUUCAACACGUCUCGAAUCGGCCACGGAUUUGCUCUACCACGCCAUCCAGUGGCCAAAGACAUAUCCAGGAAGAGAGGAGUGGCUGUGGAAGUUUGCCCCAUCUCCAACCAGGUGCUGAUGUUGGUGAAUGAUUUGCGGAACCAUCCGGCGGCUGCUCUGAUGGCGGAGGGCCACCCGGUGGUCAUCAGUUCGGACGACCCGGCCAUGUUCGGUGCCUCCGGCCUCUCGUACGACUUCUACGAAGCUUUUGUGGGCUUCGGUGGGCUGAGCUCCCACCUGGGUUCCCUCAAACAGCUGGCAACCAACUCUAUUAGGUACAGUUCUUUGGCUCCAGAUCAACAGGAGAAAGCUUUGGCUCUGUGGCAGACGAAAUGGGAUAAGUUCAUCUCAGAAACUGUCUUUGAAGCGAGAAGGCCUUGAUGUCUUUAAAGCGUAUUUUAUUCAGUCAAAGGAAUGACUCUUACCUCAGGUGGACUACAAAUGGAAAGAUCAAUGUGAACACAGCCGGUUUGUGUCCAGAGCAAAAAUGUGACAUUUUAGCACGUUAGUUGGAAAAGCACAAAUAAUAUCAGAUAGGGAAAUGAUUUGGCCAGUGUGAAACAGGCUUGAGCUAUGUCUAUGUUUAGGGUUUAAUUCAGACUUUGCUUUUGUAUUUGCACUUUAAGAUUCAUGUUUGUGAUUGAGGUGCUAAAUACUGUUUGAUUUCUCUUUGCCAACAAAGCCCCCCCCCCCAAUCGCAGCUACAUCGCCUUUGAAUCGGCAGUUGUGUCGUGUGAACUUUGAAAUAGAGUGUGCUCGGUAGUUUGUUGAAAUGGGAUGUUUCUUUACUUGAGUAGUAUGUCGUUUUUAUUGAUCAUUUAUAUAUAUUUUUUAGCUGUCAUGGGUAUAUGAAAGGGUCUUGGCUUAUGUAAAAUGCCUCAGUCCCUUCCUCCCAAGGUACAGUGAGGAGUACAGGAGGGGGGGUUGUGUACUCGUUGGUAACUGGAGCUGUCAGCUGUGGUCGACUCUCAUGUUCCACUCAGGCUCAGAGGAAAAGAGUGUCUGUCCUACUCUUGGCUCGGGUACUUCUCCACUUCGUCCAUCAUCUGCUGCAGGUGUUGAACUUGAAGAAGCUCUCCAGGUCGCUUCCUCUUUCAAGGCCCGGUUUCCUUAGAAUGAGAGUUUAGAGACACAGUGAGACGGUGCACUCUGUGUGAAGUUUAAAGAUGAAGUGUUUUCUAAAUGUUACUGACUGUUGUCUGUGUAGUUCGGCCAGUUGGAGGUUGGUGCUCUCCAUGUGUUGACUCAUCUGCUUGCUCAGUUUCACCUGCUUCCUCUCUAAUAGCAGAGCAGAGCGAGCAGAGGCCAGGCGAACACGAUCGUGUUGCUCCUCCUCUCGCUUGUUCUCUAAUUCAGUCCUCUACAGACGAACAGAGAACAGACAUGAGACAGGUUCUUACAGGUUUUCUAAAUAAAUGAUCAAAAAGAG